AUGGAGCACCUCAUCCGGAAUAUGAGGAAGAAGAAGAAAGGCGCUGGCGAGCCCCGGCUGCAAAACCGGCCUGUCACUGCCUUCAUCGGUAUCCUUGUGAGUCUCAUGUGGUGUUGGACGCCAGUCCAGUUCCAUGUGCUGUUCGAAGCCUUGGUGGCUCGUAUCCGUGAGACCUGGCUGGAGCCAGACUUCAUCGAGACCUUCUGCAAGAUCUACUGCCGAAAGGCACGAGUGCCGCAGGAGCAACGAGAGCAGUGCGGACUGGAAGAGUACUGGAUGGCUGACUGGCACUGCGGAGUGGUUGGGACGCAUGAGCCGGGAUUUGGGUCGACGCAGCAGACUGCAGAGCUGGCCAACAGAAAACUGAAGAACGAUUUGAUUAGGACCACCGUCCCUCUGACGACGCACGAAUCCGUCGUCGCAAGACUGGUCAAGGUUGUCAAAACCUGGAAACGUGGUCUCAAGGAGAGUGAACUUCGGACGGACCGUCCUGUUACUCUCAUGGCUCCUUCUAUGACAUUGGGACAGCCAAGCUUUCCUGACGGUUGGCUGUUGGGUGAAUUCGGUCGACAGGAAAGACGCCCUUACACAAAGGCCAAAACACAUUUCGUGACUGUGGGCACCAUCCUGAAGAAAAUGAGAGCCACGCAGGGAAGAGCGAAAGUAUGUUUCGAUGUGUAUAACCACUGGAUUGCAAUGGCCUGUGGUAAACCUCGGGCAGUUCCGGCCGGCACGGCUGAGAAAUUGGUCAAGCACAUGAAGGUAAAGCAUGCCGCAGAAUGCAGGAGAAUGCUCGUGACGGAAGGCAUCAUUGGUGAUGAGAACAAAAUCUUUCCGAAGAAGGUUACCGAGUUGUUUACUGGCACCUGGUGUGUGAUCAACAGUACCACCUUCACCUGUACCUGUUGGAGGUACAGAUGGAGGGGUCGAUGCGUUCACUCCUAUGCAAUCCAAGAAUGGGAAGGGCAUCGUAGAUGGACGCCUGUGCCGCUGCCUGCUGCUGACGAGGUGAUUGAUGGAGAGGAUUCGGCGGCUGAGGAGGCCCCAGCCGAAGUAGAUGACUUGCGCCGUGUGCGCAGGCGGUUGGAGUAA